UUCUGAACCAAAUAAUGUUUUAAUAAUUUUAAAAGGAGAGGCCUGCCAUGAUAACUCACUUUGGGCUUAACAAGAAAUAAAGAAAUGAUCACAAUCUGAAUUGCAUCCCUCCGGCUUCUCCACCGUCCGCUGUGGCAGAUAUCCUCCUUUCCACACCUAAGCACUUAAUUGGUUGCAAGACAAAAAUGCUUGAGCCACGUCUACACUUUAGAAACCACUUACUUCUUUAAUCCGCGCACUUGUCCGCCCCCUUUCGAGUUGUGACCGUCUCACUCGUGCGGCACAGGUGUGAGGUGUCAUCCGCACUCCGGGCACAACACAGCACAUCUUCGAUCUGUUCCUCCGUCACUGCACUAGUCCUCCAUCACUUAUUUCGUCCUUCCCCUUCUUUCUCCUCCGUCCAUCAAAUUAAUGGCAGCUUCGCCUCCGCCCAUUCUUUCCUUCCUUCUACUGCUAAUCCUAGUACUGUUCGCGACCGUAAACCUAGCUGAGGAUGUUAGUAUUACGACCGAGAGAAAGAGGAAGAAGACGUACAUCGUCCGGGUGGAUCACCGAGCCAAGCCGGCCGUUUUCCCAAUCCACGGCGACUGGUACGUCUCCGGGGCCUUCUCCGGCGGCAGUGAGCCUCUGGACCUCCUCCACGUCUACGACACGGUUUUCCAUGGCUUCUCGGCGUCCCUCGAGCCCGGCCGUGCCGCUGAUCUCAGGCGCAAUCCGGCCGUGCUGGCUGUUUUCGAGGACCGCGUCCGACGCCUCCACACCACCCGCUCCCCGCAGUUCCUCGGCCUCCGCACGCGGCUCGGCCUCUGGUCCCUCUCCGACUACGGCUCUGACGUCAUCAUUGGCGUCCUCGACACCGGCAUCUGGCCCGAGCGCCGCAGCUUCUCCGACCGAAACCUGACCCCGGUCCCAUCCCGCUGGCGCGGCGGCUGCGACUCCGGACCCGGCUUCCCAGCUUCUCUCUGCAACAAGAAGCUCGUAGGCGCCCGUUUCUUCACUAAGGGCCACGACGCCGCCUUCCCCGAGGCCGCCGCCCUCGCCGACGCAGAUGGUGGCGUCAACGGGACGGCCGCGGAGUUCCGCUCGCCCAGAGACGCCGACGGCCACGGGACGCACACUGCGUCGACGGCGGCCGGCAGCAUCGCUUUCGGCGCAAGCAUGGGCGGGUAUGCCGCCGGGGUGGCGAAGGGCGUGGCCCCCAAGGCACGCGUCGCCGCCUACAAGGUGUGCUGGAAGAGCUCCGGAUGCCUCGACUCCGACAUCCUCGCCGGCUUCGACCGCGCCGUCGCCGACGGCGUCGACGUCAUCUCCGUCUCCAUCGGCGGCGGCGAGGGCGUCGCGUCCCCCUACUACCUAGAUCCGAUCGCCGUCGGCGCUUACGGCGCCGCAUCCCGCGGCGUCUUCGUCGCCACCUCCGCCGGCAACGACGGGCCGACGGGGAUGUCCGUCACCAAUCUCGCGCCGUGGCUGACCACCGUGGGGGCCAGCACCAUCGAUCGCACCUUCCCGGCCGACGUCGUCCUCGGGGACGGCCGCCGCCUCGCCGGCGUGUCGCUUUACUCGGGAGAGCCGCUCGCCGCCGCCCUCCCCCUCGUCUACCCGGGGCGGACGGGCGGCCUCUCCGCCUCGCUCUGCAUGGAGAACUCCCUCGACCCCAAGCUCGUCCGCGGCAAGAUCGUCAUCUGCGACCGCGGCAGCAGCCCCCGCGUGGCCAAGGGGCUGGUGGUCAAGGAGGCCGGCGGCGCCGGGAUGAUACUCGCCAACGGCGCCUCCAACGGCCAGGGCCUCGUGGGCGAUGCUCACGUGCUCCCCGCGUGCGCCGUGGGUGCCGUCGAGGGCGACGCGCUCAAGGCCUACGUCGCCGCGGAGCGCAGCCCCGUGGCCAGCAUAGCCUUCAGGGGCACCGUGGUCGGGGUCAAGCCGGCGCCCGUGGUGGCCUCCUUCUCCGCCCGCGGGCCCAACGGGCUAACUCCGGAAGUCCUCAAGCCGGACCUGGUCGCGCCAGGCGUCAACAUACUGGCGGCGUGGACGGGGGCUGCGGGGCCCACCGGGCUGGACGCGGACGGGCGGCGGACCGAGUUCAACAUCCUCUCGGGAACGUCGAUGGCGUGCCCGCACGCGAGCGGCGCGGCUGCGCUGCUCAAGUCGGCGCACCCGGGCUGGAGCCCCGCCGCCAUCCGCUCCGCCAUGAUGACGACGGCGGCGGUGGCCGACAACCGGGGCGGGUUCGUGGCCGACGAGUCCACCGGGCGGCCCGCGACGCCACUCGAUUUCGGCGCCGGACACCUCAAUCUGGGCCGAGCCAUGGACCCCGGCCUCGUCUACGACCUCGGCGACGCCGACUACGUCGCGUUCCUCUGCGCCCUUGGCUACCAGCCCAGCACCAUCCAGGUCAUCACCCACGCUCCCGUCACCUGCGCCCGCUCGGCCUCGGCCUCUGCCUCCGACCUGAAUUACCCGUCCAUUUCGGUGGUGUUCGACGGCGGCGCGGCGAACCGUAGCCAGAGCAGGACGGUGGUGAGGACGGCCACGAAUGUGGGGACAUCGGCGGACGUCGUCUACCGAGUGAGGGUGGAGAUGGCGGCUAGCGCGGCUGUUAAUCGUGUCUCGGUUGCAGUGAAGCCGACCAAACUGGCAUUCUCUGCAGCGGCGAAGCGGCGGAGCUUCGCGGUUACGGUGGCGACGGCGGCGGCGGCGGUUCCCGAGCCUGUUUAUGGGCACCUCAUCUGGGCGGAUGGGACCCACGAGGUUCGGAGCCCCAUCUCGGUGUCGUGGAUCCAGUACAUGUGAUGUUCGGGCUCUUGUUUGGGCGGUGACCGGUCGGGCCGGACCGAACUGAUCUACCCCGGUCUUGGUCCGAACCGGACAGCAAACUUUAUCAUUGGCGAGACGAGGAACAGUAAACAGGGACCUUAUUCGGGUGCAGCAGUAGCGUUUGAAGUUUGCUUCUAGUGUUUUGUUUUUCUUCGCUCCCAGCUUUUCAGUAUAUCACGUGGUGGUGGGCCCGGAGUAAAAGAUGGGGCCAGUUAAAAGUUGCUUUGUGCAGCUCUAGUUUUGUUUUUGAUUUUGUUUCUGUUUCUGUUUUUUUGUUUUCUUUUUCCUUUUUUGGUAUUUACUUGAGAGAUGCGGCUCUAGUAUUAAGUAAACAAGUGCCAGCGCUUCGCGGCGUAAAAUUUACGUAAUUUAUUUAAAGUUUAAAAUUUCUA